CCAGUACAGUCACCAGUCAGCCACAGAUGAAAGGGGAAACCUUAUAAUAAAUCAUCGUUGGUACGUAGCCUACAGUCCCACCCAAGCAUAGAGAAACAAACAUGGCUGAUACAGAGACAGCCGAGGAAUCUUCUUCAGGAAUUUUGCAAGAAAUGUUCACGUCCCCGUUGAAUUUGAGUCUGCUUGGCCUCUGCAUAUUUAUUUUACUCAGAAUCUUCUGCGGAGACAAGCCUGCAGACAUGGGCGAGGUUGAGGAACCUCUGCCUAAACUCAAGAACAGAGAUUUCACUUUAGCGGAGCUGCAACCGUACGAUGGGCUUCAAAAUCGAAGAAUUCUCAUGGCUGUCAAUUCAAAGGUGUUUGAUGUAACCACAGGAAAGAAAUUAUACGGGCCAGUGGGUCCAUAUGGAUUGUUGGCUGGUAAAGAUGCCUCCAGGGGCCUGGCCACUUUCUGUCUGGAGAAGGAGGCCCUGAAAGACGCACACGAUGAUCUCUCGGACCUCAAUGCCAUGCAACAGGAGAGCCUCAACGAAUGGGAGACCCAGUUCACCCAAAAGUAUGACUAUGUUGGCAAACUUCUGAAACCUGGAGAGGAACCCUCUGAGUACACUGAUGACGAGGAGGUCAAGGACAAAAAUAAAGACUAGAACUCACAAGUGCACACAGGAAAAUCAGAUGCUUUAAUUAAUUUGGAUCAUGUGAUGCAUAUUGGCUUGUGGUGCGGCCAUUGAGCGAAAUGCUUUCUCCUGGAUGGCUUUUGCAUUAUAUUAUUGUCAUGGACCAUCACCUCUUAUGCUAUGUUCAUAUGCCACAGACCUUAAAGCCGCAAUCAGCAGUUGAAACAAUAACAAAGCAUUAUCAAGCCCCUGUUUGGGUAAAAAAAAAAUCUGGAUGCAGCGACUGACCAUCCAUGAUAUUAAAUUAUAGUUUUAACUAUGUUUUUUAGGCUAAAUAGUGUUUGUUUACAUUUACUUUGUUUACACACAUUGGAGUAAAACAAGCUUAUAUGUUGGGUUCUAAUGGGGUACGACAUUUUAACUAUUGAACUAAACUCUUGAGGCAUUUAUAAGUUAUAUUCGUCAAAAAUCAAGGGGUUAAUAUCAUUCAAUUAUAAGUCCAAAAGUGGAUGUAGCAACUGCAGAUUGCCCCUUUUAAUUUACCAAAAUGCACCAGAUUUUUAUGUUCAGGUUACAAUACAUUUUGAAUACCGUAGUGUCUUUGUAAAAGCAGUAUACAGGUAGUAUACACCUUUCUUGUAUUUCUCUACAUGUUUAUUGUUUGUAUAUGGUGAUGUUUUGUAUGUGAUCUUGCCGGAUUCUAUAUUUUAUUGUUCAUUUAAAAAACAAACAUCUUGAGCUACCUAUCAAACAAUCUUUUGUGUAUAAAACCAGUAGAUGACUGUAAUACCACGGAGGGGAACCACCAUGACCUAAUGAUGUGUGCCAGUGUGUAAGAUGGUGGACUGGAAAAAAAUGAGAAAAUUGGAACAUGUUUUGAGUGAAUAUGGAGUGGUGGAUCACACAGAACUUUUGGAAGAGCUACAGAAGCAAAUAGAACGUGACCAGAGUGGCGAUAAAUUAAUUGUGGUGGCAAAACCACAAAAUUAAUUGUGGUGGCACCCCAAAAAAAAAAAAAAAAAAAAAAAAAAAAAAAAAAUUGUGGUGGCAAAUGCGGUGAAGACCGCAGUGUUGGAGCCUCAUCAUGAUGAUCAAGAUGGUUCUAGCCCAGUGGGAAUUAGAUUUUUGUAGAGAAUGUAUCCUUGCCUUCUGGCAGAUCCGUAUGUGAUGUCAGGUUGGGUGGAGAAGAGGUUUGGGAAUGUUAGGUCGGUGAAGGUGACUCGAAGUAGAAUCAUUUUUAUUUUUUGUGUUUCUGUCAUCCAGAGGGAGUAUGCACUCCGCAUCACACGACUGAGGACAAGAACUGUGACUUGCUUUCCUCUCUGGAGCAAGGUGCCGCUGAAAGGAGUGAUAACUGGAGUGCCGUUAAGUGUUACAUUUACAUUUUACAUUUUAGUCAUUUAGCAGACGCUCUUAUCCAGAGCGACUUACAGUAGAGUGCAUACAUUCUUAUUACAUUUUUACAUACUGAGACAAGGAUAUCCCUACCGGCCAAACCCUCCCUAACCCGGACAACGCUAUGCCAAUUGUGCGUCGCCCCACGGACCUCCCGGUUGCGGCCGGCUGCGACAGAGCCUGGGCGCGAACCCAGAGACUCUGGUGGCGCAGCUAGCACUGCGAUGCAGUGCCCUAGACCACUGCACCACCCGGGAGGUCGUCGAGGAGGAUGUGUUGAGGAGGAUCAAAUGAAGUUAAAGAUUCUCAGUGUCUGUGACGCCCGCCGUUUGGUGUGACGCAGACCCGGUGGAGAAUGGUGAAACUGAGAAGACACUGUCUGCACUACUGAGUUUUUAUGCAGAGUUUUUACCAAAUAAAGUGAAGUAAUGAUGUCCGUUAUCCCAUGAGAGCUUUUGUCCCAAACCCAUUACAGUGUUUAAGGUGUCAAGCUUAUAGUCAUGUUGUAGGAGGGAGAUUCCUAGAUGUGAGAAGUGUGCAGGAGGACAUGAGACAGGAAUGUGUAGUUUCUGUGGAAAAAGUUGUGUAUAAACUGUAGGGGUAACCAUGGUGCUGGAGAUCAGAGGUGUCUGGUGAGAGAAAGGCAGGUUGAGGUUGCCAGGAUCAGAGUAGUGUAGAAGGUGUCACAUGCUGAGGCAGUGAAGAGAGUAGUAAAGAAAGAUGGGUCCAAGGUGAGGGAGUAGGCCAAUAGAGAGUGAUAGGAAUAACGUGCUUCUGUAAGGUUGUUUUUUUAGCUUUCAUUGCCAUUGCUGUCAACUUUACCGCAGGAAUGGAUCAUAGAUCACAGAGGAUAGAUGUUGUGGUGGCAGCUGCAGAGAUGUACUUGGGUGUAUGAGAUUUUACUGAAGAAGACUUACAAGGUGUUUUGAACGAUAGUGUCCCAUCCUUCCAGGCUGCUGGCCUUGUGUCGGAUCAGCCAAAGUAGUGGUGUAGGGUUAGUUGGUAGGACAAUUUUUUUCACAAAGUGUAUUGAAUUCAUACUAAAGAAUAGUAGGCUGAUGCACAGCCAAUACAAUAGGUGGCUGAAUGCAUCUAUAACAUUUGUUUGUGGACCACCAUAAUACCAAAGAAGAAGGAGGCAGAGGUCGGAUGGCGCGUUGAGUAAAGUUUAUGGAAAUUAGUGUAAAACUGUAGCAUUGAAGAAUGGCGCAAAACGGGUUAAAGUUGUUAAUGAAGAUAGGACUCGGUUUGAUAAUGCCUCGUUCUUUUUGGAGUAAUUUUUCAUAGAUAAAAAUGUAAUUUUGAGACAUCCAUUUGCGGUCAAGGAGAGGGUGGAGGGUGUACUGGGAAAGGUGGAGUCAAAGUGACCAGGAGUGGUAUGGUGUUGAUGUAUUGUAUAUCACAAGAACAAAAAUAAACUGUGUCUCUGGGAGUUAUCAGAGUAUGAUGUAGAAAGCUUUGAUUUUCUGAACAGGGCACCGGUAAAAGGUGUCAUCUCUGGCGUCGUUGUGGAAUUUAAGGCUGGAAAUCUAAAGCACCACGUUUCACGUACCAGGAGUAGUAGAUGCAAGUCCAUUGAACCUUAUGGUGAAUGGGAGAAACAGUGGCGACCUGUAAUUUUUGGCCUGUUUUGCAUGUUAUUUUGCCAUUAAUACGUGUCACAUAUAAUUUUGCAAACAAUGUAAAAUACAUAUAUUGAGUUAAUAAAGCCGCAUACAAGCAUGG